GGCAGGCUUCCUCCUAGACACACAAUGCAAAACUAUGUCUGAGCUCUGCAAGUGAUAAGUGUCACACUUUUUACAGCGAGCUUGGGGGCAGGAGUGGGGCUGGCUCAGGCUCACAGCACGUUCUAAUGGGCUUAGUCUUCCGAACAGCAGCGCAGUUGGCUGCACUUUUGCUCUCCCUGCUGGGAUGGGCGUUAUCCUGCCUUACAAACUACUUGCCACACUGGAAAAACCUCAACCUGGAGCUGAACGAGAUGGAAAACUGGACCAUGGGGCUCUGGAAAUCCUGCGUCAUCCAGGAGGAGGUGGGGAGGCAAUGCAAGGACUUCGACUCCUUCCUGGGCUUGCCAGCCGAGCUGCGGACCUCCAGGAUCUUGAUGUCCCUGUCCAAUGGGCUGGGGCUGCUGGGGCUGCUGGCCUCUGGCUGUGGCCUGGACUGCUUGAGGCUUGGAGAGACACAGAAGGGUCUGAAGAGGCGACUGCUCAUCGCGGGAGGGGUCCUGCUCUGGACCUCGGGCGUGAUGGUCCUGGUUCCUGUGAGCUGGGUGGCCCACAUGACCGUGCAGGAGUUCUGGGAUGAGAGCGUGCCCGAGAUCGUGCCCAGGUGGGAGUUUGGGGAGGCCCUGUUCCUCGGCUGGUUUGCUGGCUUCUGCCUGGUGCUAGGAGGGUGCCUGCUUCACUGUGCUGCCUGCUCCAGGCCAGCUCCUCCAGCCUCGGGCCAGUAUGCAGCGACAGGACUGCCAGACCACUGUCAACAACUGGAGCUGAGACACACCAACCCAGAAAUCUAAGGCCGAGGGAUCAGUGGCCUCUCUGCCCUUGCCCCAGCUGGACUUGGUAGGAUCUGCUCUAAUCACCCCUACUUAACUGUGCUUUCUGAUUUUCUGAAAUGCAUCCUUCCCUUUUGUGGCUAACUUCUGCAGAGAAUUGCUUUCUACAACUGACUAAAGCCCUUCUGCUUUCUAUCUGGAGACCAAGUGAAUCAGGACCUAUUAAUGUAAUCAGUCAUUCGUGUGCAUGAACUUCGUCAAACUUUUAAAGGAGGCUGUGAUUGCGCCUGCGCACAUCUAGGGCGCUGGUAAAUGAGCACUUCCGUAUUCCUGAAAGGACCCUUCUUGUGGAGAGGAAUCAUUUGGGAAACAGAUGUGAUUUUGGAUCACGCGCUUUCAGGUGUUUGAGAUACCUCCUGAAGCUUAGGUCUCAGUGGAUAUGUAAAAUGCACGACGACUGAUGAGAGUAAAAAAUACAGAACCAAACAAACCACCCAACCCUGCUUGGUCCGUAAAGGACUUGGAGGUGAGAUGGACACCCCCCACCCCCAUCAGACACAUCCAUUCACGCCUCCGAGCAGAACAGGGCGAUCUUGGAUGCUGGGGAUUCAGGUAGCAUGCUGCCACAUAAAAGAGCUCUUGCUUCUGUGCGCUGAUGCAGGGUGGAAUGUCCUGCCUGCCUCGGCUCUGGGGCAGAGGACAGGACUGGUGCCUCCGGGCACAGUGCCUCCUGGGACAGCUGCCCCCUUUCGGAGCACACUGCCAGCUCCAGCUGUGUAAGGGGGGGACCACGUACCUGCCAGUCCUUGUUUCUCUGGUGCAAUGAAAAUACCCCAUCUCAUUUUUCCGUGACAUAUAUAGUCUAAACAAGAACUAUUUGAGACAAAUUUCUGGCUUGAGCAGGAGUUCUUCAUGGAACGUUUUAUAUUUGUUGGGGACACGGUUCAAGUAGAUUCUUGUAUAUGUGCCAAUCAGGGAAAUUAACUGAACAAUAAGCAACGGUAAAAUGCAAUAUUAGGAAAUAUGUAUUCUUUGUUUAAAAAAAAUCACUGAAUUUCUUUUCCAUCCAAAAAUACACGGAAAGUGCAGCAACGGGAGUUAAUCUGUGUGACAUUUGCACACUUUUACAGACAGGACAAAUGAAGACAGAAACAUAUGCAGAAUUUAACCUGGAUAAAUACUAGUUCAGUCCUGAGCUUCUCAUAUUUAAUACAAUAUAAAUCCAUAGCAAAAAAGUAAAGGUAUUUAAUUUGAAUGCUACUCAGCUAACUUUUGUCCACUUGGCAAGUAAUAUUUUUUGUACCUCUAACACUUGAGUUGCAUAUACAAAACUGUAAUAAUAUUUUGAUAAUCCAAACUUGAAAGCUAAAUAUUUACCCUGUGCAGAAUAAAUUCUACCUUUAAAAAUAUUUUUAAUAAUAUUAAAAAUUUUAUUUGUCCAUAUGGUUUUGUGAUUGAGUUAGUAAAACAUUUUUUGAAUCAUUUGGGUUAAUACAAACGUGACAGGCCUACAAAAAGCUGCCUGUAAGUACAUAACACUAUUGCUGACUUUUAGAGUGUGGAAAAAGGAUUCUAUUAGAAUGAGUUUCUCUUAUGUUAGAAAUGAGCAUGUUUUGUAAAAUAAAACCAAAGCCCCUCAGUCACAACUGUGAACUACCAGCCUGAGAUACACUUUAUUCUUUAAUACUCGUCUGAGACUUUUUGUAUUACAAAAAGUUAGCAAUAAAUCUGAUGAAGAUCAUAAAGCUGUAAAUACUCCAUUAUAGCCUCUUGUAAGCCCAACAUUUAAGAUGGCCAGAACCAAACUAUAUAUUAAACAGAACAUAAAUAAGACCGUAAAUAAAUAAAUGAAGAAAAUAAAAUCGCACAGUACAACUCAACAAGAUUCUAUCAACAUUUUCAUGGGUCAAACUAUGCUGCUGGCUAGCUGACCUUCAUUUAGAGCUCUAGUGAGUAAACCUUUGCUGGUGACAUUUGACCUUGACAGGAAUGGAAGGCAUGCCAGUUUCCUCCAGUCACCCGGGGUGGGGGCAAGCGGGGCAGCCUGGGAGGACUGUACUCAGCCCGCCACUAACACUUUUCUGUUUUUUUUUUUUUUUUGCUCCACGUAGUGUUGAGUCCAGUUACAUCUUCUAAGAGGUUGGAUAUGAGCUGUAGAACAUUCAGGGGGAAAAUGAGUAUGUUUUAGGCACAACGACUUGAUAACUGACUGAGUUCUGGCUGAGUAUAAACUUUGAUUCUGAUGAAAAUGAACUUUCUAAAAUAUGCAUAGAUUUAAGACAAUAAAAAUCCUUACGGAUAGGGAUUCCAGCGUAACAUAACAUUUUUUUUAACAGAUUUUUUUUCUUGCCUUCUUUUAAUUUCUAUAAAAUUAUUUUGCAUUAAAAAAAUAAAAAUAAUUUAGCUUGCUCUAUAAGAUGGCUCACCAAAACACGGCUUCUUCCAGUAUGACAGACUGAGUAAGUACGGUUUAAGUUACCUAAACACUAUGUAUUUUAACACUUUUAUGCUGGCAAAGCUAUGCUGAGCCUUUUUUUUUUUUUU